AUGAUCUCGAGCAGAGUUAUUCACAAUGUGAGUCGCUGCUCAGGCCGACAAAUAAUCGCCAGGCGCGUGUUUUCAAAAACUGCCAGAGCGGGCGAUGUCAAAGAUGAAGAUCACGGGAGUGAAUUUCAACUAUCUCGGGUUGCAUCAACACGACGAGCAAUCGUGAGGCUGGUCGUUGCACCUCAAUAUAAUCCUACUAUUGAUGGAGACACGGUUCUUGGGAACUUCAUUAAUGAUAUGAAAUCGGACCUGCAAGGGCCUCGAGCCAAACCUCGAAAGAAGAGUUCGACCAGAGAUUCUAAUCAGUCUACUACCAAGCCUAAAGACGACAAACCUAUCAAUGAAAGCAAAGAUAAUCAUGCUUUGCGGUGUCCCCGCCAGUUUAGCAUCACCACUCCGGAUCCCAAGCGCACCACUAAAGAACAAGUUCUGCACCUCAUCUCGACGCGUGCUCGCAUGUCGCAAUCUCAAUACGUGAAAGACUUCUCUAUUUCUUCGGCCGAGGAAGCAAUUGUUAUUCUGGCCACUCCAGCGUUUGCCAAAUGGCUUGAAAAUGACGAUGAUUUUAUCAAACAUGUCUUGGAACGUCUUACACAUUUUCACAAAGACAAGAAGCCGAACUACGUUGUAGUUAUCGGUGCCGUGGUUGAUGGGCUUGCACCUUCACCCGAUUCUAUCCCAAUAGCGGAGCGUGCUGGGCCACUUGAGGGAUUUUCUUUCUUGCAUGGUCUACGGAGUCAAGUACUAAGCCCAAGAAAUGUGUGGGAGACCGCAUCGUUCAAGAAUAACACGACGAAUCCUGAAAAAUUGUCACAUCUCAUCUUUUCAGGAAAAUCCCAUCAACAAGUGGGCGAAUUAUCAUCAGCCACUACCAUUAGCUUACCUUUGGCAAAUACUUUGUUUGUAAAUGGCAAGCAUUCAACUCUCCAGAUAGAUCAAUGGACCCGUAGGUACAAGGGUGCAUACAAAAGCCUGAAAUCUGAGCAGAAACAAUUUCAACAUGUCAAAGCCUUUCGAUAUGAAAGUACCAUGAUUCCACCAAUAUUUGUACCCGCGGUUCCUCUCACUCUGCCUCGACCCAUUGCAAGUGGGCUAGGCAAUAUUAUUCGACAGUUGUCCUUCGGGUCAGAAGAUGUAGAUAACAGACCAGCUUCUUCUGAGCUAGAAACUCAAGUCACACGAUACAUGAAGUUUAUUGAGCAGCAGACGACCGUUGGAGUGUGGGCGUUGAUAUACCGAAAGGAGCUCCUGAAUCCAAACCUCAAAGACACAACGCUUGAAAUGACAGAACAUCUCGAGUCAACUUGGGGCAAUGACGACGAGAAUCUAAGAUUUGUUGGUACUCAGCUGGCUCUUGGAGCAAUUCUUUGUCGUGUUGUGAGCGGUGGCGGUGGUUGGGGUUCUAAACAAGGCCUCUUAUCCCUAGAUCCCCAAUUGACACACGAAGACAUUGCUUCGGCGAGAUUUGACCAUUCUCCUCAUUCAAUCGAAGAAGGACAAGAUUCAACAUUAGGCAAUCUCGCUCGACGUGGUGAUCACAUACAAUUCUUCACCAUCAAUCCCAACAAGCUAAAGGAUUAUGAAUCUCCAAUGGAUGAUUUAACAUCAACUGAGAUCUCCGGCGUAGAUUCCAGCGUCAGUGACGACAGGCUAGCGGUGAAGAAAUAUAUCACACAAGAACCGGCGAUGACCGGAUUAUCCUUCCGUGAAGCUUCUGUUCUCAGUUGGUCGAAGAGAGCUACGUUUGGAGUUGUUCCAAGUACAAUCGAUAAACUACCCAAAAGCGAUAUCAAUGACGGUUCAUCAAAUGCUCAUGACCUUGAACCGCCUUUUCUCACCUUUCGAAAAGGCGAGUUUGGUGCAGUAUCUGAGUCGGGAAUCUUCCUCCAUUCUUCCCAUCAAAAGAGAGUAAAUGACUUGGCAUACGAACACAUCAAUACCAAAAUCGAUAUGCCAUAUUCAUAUCUAUAUCGCGACCAAGCGGGAACAUUGCCCCAGGAGACACAGGAAUACCUAACCAAGUCGGCGCUUCGUUCAAAGACGGACUCAGAAAGGUUACGGAAAGUAGAAGAGCGAAGAAAAAAAACCCUUUCCAAAGAUAAUAGCACUCAAGAAGACACUUCUCUAAUCACCAAAAAGAGGGUGGGACACACGCGCUGGCCGAAAUAUUCGCCAGAGUCGGAAAAGAAAUCCCCUAUCAGGAAAGUCAACGUGGGCACCUUGGAGAAGGAGAAGAGAUUCUCGUAUCCGGUAGAGAAGCAGGGGAUGAGGUUUAUGUCUUCAAAAGAAGAGGAGGGAUGA